AUGGCGGCGGGAGGACUUUCUCUGUCAUCAUUGACCGAGGAGUUCCAGGAGGCCAAGAAACGACUCAAACAAGUUGAAGAAGGAAUCCAGAAACACACGGGUCGCCCCUCACUGCAGCAAAGGCUCAAACCGAGAUUAGACGCCCCCGCCGGAAUCCGCAGUCAGCUUGCCAACAGGCUCGAUGAUGGACCCUUCAGAAGACAUCAGGGAGGAGCGUUCAGUCGCCUCGGUCGGCAACUCAAUGCGAACGAAGCCAGAGAUAUGGGGCCGAGCCCCAACCAUGGGUUCCACAAAAGUUUGAAACGUCAGCGCGAGGAGCCGCCUGCCGAACGAGAUAAGACUGUGAAAAAAGAAGAACCUAAGGAAGAAGAAGACGAGGACGAUGAACCCCCGCGAAAGAUCGGCCUCCAGUCCUUGAUCGGGGCCUCGACGAUGACCGUCAAGCAAAAGAGCCGCACGGAACUCCUGAACGAGCAGCGGAGCGACACGAGCGGCAAAGAGAGGAACAAACGCAUGUUCGGCAUGAUCCUCGGAACUUUGAAGAGUUUCGAGAAGGAGGAAACCACCAAGAGGAAGGAACAAGUCGACAAGAAGGUGGAAAAGGAGCAGAAGGUCGAAGAGAUGAAACAGAAAGAACGCGAAGAAGAAAUCCGGCAGCGGCGUGAACUUCUCACCGAAAAGCGGGAGAAAAUUACGCAGCUGAAGAAGCUCCAGUCGAAAAUGGAGGUGGUUGGAGCUUUCGAAGAGUUCUCAAAGCGUCACAGAUACAUGAUGAAUUUCAUACAUACGGCUGCGAAACCACCAAUCAUGUGGUUGCCGAAAGUUCACACCGAGGAAACAGAGAAACUCCUCGGUUGGAGCAAAUCCAAGAUCGAGGCCAUCAUACAGAAAGAAGAGGAGAGGAUGCUGCUGGAAGUCGAGAGAAUCGAAGGCAUCACACGAGCAUCAGACGGAGAGCCAGACGAGAAGGAAAAUUCUCAUUUACCGAGCAGCGUCGCUGUCGUGGUCAGACAUGACCACAAAGAACCUGGCAGCGGCGAGGCUAACGGUGAUAGCGAUCAUAAACAGACGGAUGCCGACCUCAAGAACAUCAAGAUUGUCAUUGAGAAUGACAUGGCAUCAUCGAAGGGGUUGAACGGAGACCAAAGACAACCGACAAAACUCGAAAGUGGCGUCUCUGCUGAUGAAUCUCAGGCGCUGAAAAAAACCUCGCCGAGCCCAUCGAGCGCAAGCGCAGACUCCGGACGAAACGCUCAGGAGAAGUCUGCGCGACGCUCCCCGGUGUCGUCACGGAGAACGAGCGGCGAAAAGCAGAAAGACAGCUCGUCUUCGCGUGCACGUCCUGCCACGAAGAAAGGCUCGCGAUCUAGUUCAUCAUCGAGUUCAUCGUCGUCCUCGUCUUCAUCGUCGUCGGAUCAAUCCGUCGAGAAGAAGGAACCGGCGGUCACCAAGAAGCGCUCUCCCAGUCCGCGGGCGAUACAAGGAUCACCCCCCAAGAAAACUCCGCCGCCCGCUCGCGCGGAACGCUCUCCUUCUCCCAAGAAAGAGUCCCCGUCGCCGAAACGGGCUUCUCGAGUUGACGCACUGCCCAGUAGACAUCCCGGGCAGCGAAGGAGUGCCAGCGGCGGCGGCAGCAGUAGCGGAAGCAGCAGCGACGGGUCACCGAAACGGAGAGCGCCCUCAUCGGCAGUCGCUCCGAGCAGUCCGACGAUUCCGAAUUUGGUCAAGUCUAAUCAAGAGAAAUCCGAGAGCCAUGAGCGGAGAAACGCGCACAAUCCCUAUCUUCGAGGGGCUUUGGCGCUCAAAGUCGCGAUUCCGCUUCAGUUUGUCGAGUCGAGAACUCAAGUUCCGUUUGGCAACAUGGAAGUCUCCCGGUCACUGUGA